AUAAUUUAACAAUCUAUAGAUUCUCUCGGUCAAUUUAGAAGUUAGUAAUUUAGUACUAAAUAUUUUAUUACGAAGUCAUUCGCCCAGUCGUUGGCAUGGUUAACUACUAGUAGAUAGUAGUGGUUAUAAGCAUUCAACCAUUUGACAUUCGAUUAUCACAGAUUGACAACGAGUGAUUUUGAUAACCGAGAGAAAUUCACUCGAAAAAUCCUCUCGGUCAAUCUAGUGGAUACUUUCAACUGAUUUCGAUACAUAGAGAAUCACUCAAUCAUUUUCAAAACAAUCGGGAACAAUCGAGUAUUUUCUUUCGAUUGUUCCCAUCACUAGUUCUAAUAACAAAUUUCUUCAAAAGCUUUUACAGUGAUAAUCUCAUUUUGAUUUACGGCGUCACAAUCGUUUUAAAUACGAGUCAAUCAAAUCCAACCAAGCAACGUGUUUAUAGUUUUACAAAAUUUAUUUUAUGAAGUUAAAAAUAUUUACUUUAUCAACUAUAUCAAAUAUCCAAGAAACAUGUAUCAUACAAAGCAUUUUGUCAGAAGUAUACUUAUAAGAACAAAUAUUUACAAAGAUUUAUUGAUAAAUCGCACUAGGAUUUUGUCUGUAAAUCAUAACAAAAGUAUAAGUAGAAAAAAAAGCUCAACUACAGUGGCUAAAAUAACGAAUAACCAAGAAAUCAAGAAAGAACAUAAAUAUGUAUCUGAAUUAUACAAUUUUUCAAAUGCUAAUAUAUACACCUCUCGGACUCAUACGUGUGGUCAACUAAGAGCUGAAGAUUCUGGAAAAUUAGUUAUUCUUUGUGGCUGGUUAGAACAUGUACGAUUAAAUCGUUUUAUUAUCUUAAGAGAUGCUUAUGGUUCAACACAACUCAUUGUUCCUGAAAACGCAAGUAUUGACCUAAAAAUUGCAAUUAAGAAAUUACCUCUUGAGUCUGUGUUGAUGUGCUAUGGCACUGUAAAAUUAAGGCCUGUUAAUGAAAUUAAUAAAAAUCAAUCUACAGGAUCGAUCGAAGUUAUUGUUGAUAAUCUAAUUUUGCUUAAUUCUGUAGACACUAAGAUACCUUUUCAAGUACGAACAUUUAAUAAGGCCAAUGAAACAUUGAGGUUAAAAUAUCGUUAUGUUGAUUUACGAUUUCCUGAAAUGCAGUUUAAUUUACGUUUGAGGUCUAAGUUACUGAUGAAAAUGAGAGAGUUUUUGAUUAACAAUCGUGAAUUUGUUGAAGUAGAAACACCUACAUUAUUCAAAAAAACUCCUGGUGGUGCCCAAGAAUUUAUUGUACCUACUCAUGAAAAAGGAAAAUGUUAUUCAUUGGUUCAAAGUCCACAACAAUUAAAACAAAUGUUAAUGGUUGGUUCUGUGGAUCGAUAUUUUCAAGUGGCAAAAUGUUACAGGGAUGAAGGUGCUAAAUCAGACCGACAACCAGAGUUCACUCAAUUGGAUAUUGAAAUGUCAUUUACGGAUCAAAGUGGAGUUAUGUUACUGGUUGAAGAAAUGUUAUCAUUUAUUUGGCCACCAGAAUUGGGUAAAAUCAAAAUACCAUUUCCUCGAAUGUCUUAUAAAGAAGCUAUGGAAACUUAUGGUAGUGAUAAACCAGAUAUCGGAUGCAGUACAAAAAUUUCCAGUUGGACAACAUUUGUAUCAAAUCCAACAAAUGAAGUAUUUGCUCUUAUUUUAAAAAACUCAGAAAAAAAUAUAUCAAAUAAACAAACCAAUGAUUUGAAAACUUCAAUUUCUACCAAUUACCCAGAUAUUAAAUUUAAUCUUAUAAAAAUAAAAUCAUUAAACAUUUUUAAAGAAAGUCUGCCAAAAAUUAUUCCAGGAAUUGAUGUUUCUGCUGUACUAACUACAGAUAAUAUACUCGAACAUGAUUUAGUUGCAAUUGCUAGCGGUCCAAAAUAUGAAGCUCUAUCAGUAUUGGGUAAAAUUAAUGAACAUUUUAAAGUGACUAAUUCUUGUGUUGAUCCCUGGCGUUUUGUUUGGAUAGUAGACUUUCCCUUAUUUGAAAUGGUGUCCAAUUCUAUUCAAUCAGUUCAUCAUCCAUUCACACAACCACAAACAGAAAUCACUUCCAAUAAUUUAUUAGAAGUCAAAGGCCAACACUACGAUUUGGUUUUGAAUGGUAAUGAAAUCGGAGGUGGUUCUAUUCGUAUACACGAUGCUGAAUUGCAAACAAAAAUUAUCAAAUCCAUAUUAAAGUUACCUAUUGAGACCAUGUCUCAUCUAAUUGAAGCAUUAAGGUCUGGUUGUCCUCCACAUGGCGGUGUAGCUCUAGGUGUUGAUAGAUUACUAUCAAUUUUGUGCAAUACAAACAGCAUUCGUGAUGUUAUUGCUUUUCCUAAAACUUUUGAAGGAAAAGAUCUUUUGACAGGAAGCCCAUCAGAAAUCACCAAGGAAGAUAUGGAAAGAUAUCAUUUAAAUUUUGAUAACAAAAAUAAAUAAAUAGUAAUAAAUAAAAGUAUAUUGAUUGACUGAUUAAAA